AUGCCGAUUUGGUUGCAAACUAACCCGCCGUUCAUGGUCCGCAAUCACGCCUCGGGUGCUCGCUGCAUCGCUCACGCUCUGAAGUUCCAUCGCCCGUUCUACAAAUAUGUCGCCCGCCUCGGCUUUGUCUGCCUCGCCGACUUCUACCUACCCAACGGGAACUGGCCCAACGCCGAGGAACUCGAUAUCAUGCUGUGGCCUGACCCCGACGCCAUUGUCCAGGAUUGGCCCAUCAAUGUCCAGCUGCUGCAUAGCCUCUUGACGACUGUGCUCCGUCAGGUACACGGCGCCUUUGGAGUGUUUUGCAACUAUGUGAGACCGGCGAAUCGUCGCCCACGCCCGCAUUUUGCGCACCAACCGCACGAUCCUCGCCAGGAGGUGGUCCCUUUCGCCUCGACGACCGACCAGCACCUGCAACGGCUGGCAUGGCAUCCACCGGUCCUACCACGUCGCCACCCCCUGCAUCGCGAGCCCCAUCUCGUCACCACCGAACAGCUGACCCGCCAUGUCAAGGCAGUCCGCAAACUCCUCCAACUCCCUGCGCCGAUUUACGGCGAUGUGUGGUUGCGCCUCUUGUUCAAAAUGCUCCCCGUGCAAUCGCGUUUCCCCUUUCUCCAAGACACGCAACCCCGAAUCAUGGAAUGCACGUAUCGUCCGUGCCACCUCAUUGAAACCGAGCGUCAUGCUUUUCGCGACUGCCCGUGUGUUCGUGGCAUUUGGACCUUCCACGAAACAGUCUGGCGCGUGGUCGGGGUGACGUUCACGUGGGAGUGCAUCGAAAGCUUGUCCUUCACGACGUUCGUCGUCGACGAAAGACAUGCCGCCGUCAAGGACCACCUUUUCCAUCUCUGGGUGAUGCUCACGGCUGUCAUCCUUCACAUGGUUUGGACGCACCGCAACAAAGCGCGCUUUGAAACCUAUCGUGAACCACCGCGCCACGCGUGGCAAGAACAAUCAACGCUCACAUGGGCGACCAGCGUUCGACGCCACCUUCGCCUUCUCCACGAUGACAUUGUGCGUCGCGAUGCCCUGAUACAACUGAUGCACGAGCUCCUGGAGCAUCCGUUGUACCGCAGUAUCCACCAACAACACCCCACGCUACUGCAACUGCAUCCUGACGAACGGUGA